AUGAAAAAUGGACUGCGCGAUGGCCUGUCAUGGGCACCUCCUAGCUGGAUGAUGGCCAUCGUCGGUGUGCUAGUCUUUCUCUACAUAUUGCGUAAUGCGGCGCUUCCAAAGCCCUUCAAGGGAAUCCCUUACAACGUUGCCUCGGCGAAACGGGUGUUGGGCGACAUUCCCGAUAUAGGCUCCCUCUUCCUCGGCCCUUUCACGCGUCCUCUCGUCAUCUGCGCCGAUCCGGUCGAAGCGCAGGAUAUCUCCAUGCGUCGAACGUCCGAGUUCAAGCGGAACAGCAAGUUCAAGGACAUGCUGGGCGGUAUGAUCCCCAACCAUCGUCUCACGAUGGCGGAUGACGACCCCCGGCUCAAGAAGAACCGGGAGCUGGGCAAAGACUUGAUGUUGCCAGGCUUUCUGCACGAGGUGUCGGGGCCAGAGGUGUAUGACAGCUCGAUGCGCCUCAUCGAGCUCUGGAAGCAGAAGAACAGGAUCAGCAACGGACGGCCCUUUGAAGCCGCCAAAGACAUCCACAACCUGGCCCUCGAUGUCAUCCUGUCUGCCGCGUUCAACCCGGACCCGACCAGAAACAUCACGGCGCGCAACGUCGCGCACUUUGAGUCCAUUCCAUCGCCGCCUGCCACGUCCGGCGACCAAGACCUCCCCGUGAAGCUUGAGAACCCGCGGCCGGACUCCCUGGUCAAAGCGCUCAGCACCGUGGGGGAAGCCGCCGGCACCCUCUUCUCGUCGUCGUUCCCUCGUCUGCGGAGCUGGUUCAUCAUGAGACAGCAGUCGAUGAAGGAAGCCCUUGUCGAGAAGGCCAUCAUGGAGACCCGGGAGCUGGGGAACGCGGUGAAGAGGAUCGAGGCCGGGUUGCCGCCAAGAUGUGCCAUGGACCAGAUGCUGAUCCGGGAGAGAUCGAUUGCGGAGAAGGAAGGGAGGAGUCCUGAGUACUAUUCGGGCACCAUUAAAGACGAGCUCCUCGGCUACCUCGUCGCCGGGCACGACACCACAUCGGCGGCAACGCAGUGGGGUAUCAAAUUCCUCACCCGGAACCAGUCCGCGCAAACCCGUCUCCGGGCCGAACUCCGCGCGGCUUUCCCCUCCGCCGAUGGCCCGCCGCCCGUCGGCGAGAUCAUCAAGACCUCGAUCUCGUACCUCGACGCCGUCGUCGAAGAGGUUCUCCGCUGCUGCAAAGCCCUCCCCGUCAUGACCCGCGAGGCUCUUGUUGACACCCAGAUCCUCGGCACGGUGAUACCAAAGGGGACGAUCGUCAUGUUCCUGUCCCACGGGCCGGGGGUCCUGCAUCCCGCGGUGCCGGUCGACGAUUCGAAGCGGUCGGAGAGCGGGAAGAGCAUCUUGAAGAGGACGCACGCGUGGGACCCGACGGACGUCGGGGACUUCGUGCCGGAGCGGUGGCUGAAGAGGGACGCGGAGGGGAGCGAGGUGUUCGACUCGAACGCGGGGCCGUUCAUGACAUUCGGGCACGGGCUGCGAGCGUGUUUCGGGAGGAGGCUGUCGUAUCUGGAGAUGAGGAUCGUGCUGUUUCUUCUGGUGUGGAGUUUUGAGUUCCAGGAGCUGAGCGAGGAGCUCAGUGGCUAG